GAGCCCACCGGUGUUUUAACCCUAAAGGUACUACAUCAUUUGUAAUGUUGGCUAAAGAAUUCCAUGUAAACUGGCCGACUAUAUACGCAUAUGUGUGUAUAUAGGCGUAUUACGCAACACAUGCACAUUCAACACCUACAGGUUAUGGCUAGCGUCAUAUCCAUGUACUACCGGCUUUUGUUUGGAGUGAAUAAGUCAAAUUAGAAUAUAGACUCAUUUGGAAGGAGAAGGUUCUCUUUAGAGUUUCAGUUUUUGACUUUUUGGACUAGGAAUUUGCAUGGGAAAGUGAAAAUAGAAAUUACUUUAAUUAGUGCUGAAUUGCAUUAACUGCAUUAUGACGCUAGUAAUUAAACUAUAUGCUGUGUUUCGCAAUUUAUAAAGGAAAUUUUGAUUUUGUAAAUUUGUAACAUACCUAUAUAGCAUUAUGUAACUUUAGGAUGGGGUAAGAUAGUUCAUUUAUUUUUUGUCCCAUUUUCUCGUACUAUUUGGAGGCAACCAAGAAUAUUUACAGAAUUAUGUAUAACCGUCGCCAUGAGACUCUAGUCUAAAAGAAUGUUUUUAUUGUUGUUACCACGAUCAGGAAAUAUGGGAUAUUAUGUGCCAACGGUAUCCGCAUCUUGUACCCCAGUUAUAUUAUAUGUUUGAAUGAAACGUAAUAAUAUAUAUUUAGUUAAGCGUACAGUACAUGGGAUAAGACGGAGCACAUUGAGCACAUUGUAAUCAAAUACCCUGAUCGUGAUUUAAACAAUGAACGAUGAAAGUCAUGAGGACACGGUUUUAUAUUUCUUUGAAUGUUCUUUGUUUGCUAUACCAAAUGGGACGGGAAAACAUAAUGAAAAGUUAACCAUUCUCUUCCCACUGUACUUUAUACACAGGUUUUUGACAAGAUAGUUAGCAAAAUGACUGGUAAAGCUUAUGUCACGCUAUUGUUUGGUAGUUUAGGGUUAUCACUGAUCAUUUUUCUUUCCCAUGUCCAUGACCAAUCAGUUUCUUUACUGCAAUCUCGUCCACGAAGAGCGGCAAGCGAUUUUAUCAUUGCACUUCAAUGGACAGAUCAGCACCAUGCGGAUUUUGUGAAUAAACACAACGAAUUAAGACGCUCGGUGAAUCCUAGUGCAAGUAACAUGUUAAUGAUGACGUGGGAUACAGAACUACAAGCAUUGGCAGCAGCACAUACAGCAAAAUGCUUGUUCAGCCAUAGUUCUGGUCUACAAACUUCAGUAUUUCCCUUUGUGGGGGAAAAUCUACGAAUAGCUGCAAAUACCGAUGAUGCUGAUCUUAUGCCGAAUGAGACAACUCAAGCAUGGUUCGACGAGGUGUCCUAUUAUACUUACGGGACAGGGGCGUGCCAGGCUGGAAAGGAAUGCGGGCAUUACAAACAAGUUGUUUGGGCUGAAACAUACAAAAUUGGAUGUGCAGCCAGCUUUUGCAAGAACGUUUUCGGAUCUGACAAUGGUUUCAUCAUCAGCUGCAACUACGGUGUGGCUGGUGACACAGCUUCUUCAAAAGUGCCUUAUCGAAACGGGACAUCAUGCUCUGCGUGUCCAGUGACCGACACUUGUAAAAACAAGUUAUGUACCAACCUAGCAAGAGAUACCACAACUAAUACGGGUUUAGCGACUACAACUGCAGUGCCCUCAACAGCAACCUUUCAAUUUGAGAAUGCAACAACAACAACAACAAUUGAUCCAGGUUUAUUCGCUAACCAAACGUGUGAUAUUGCUUUGUGUGGUGGUCCGUUUGUGGCAACAGCAUGCAUCAAUACAACUGGAGAAAAUAUCUGUAUCUGCAAGCAGCCACAAAAUUCCUUACAAACUAAUCAGACAAGAAUCUGUAAUGGUUUCACGACCGUCAAUGUCUCACCCAUCUACUGUAUACUGAUUGCCCUUCUUAUUUGGGCGUGUUUGGUCUAAUUAGUUCUUAUAGUAAAAAUGGUUUACAAAUUGGUCAUUGCAAAACGGGGUUAAAACUUUUUAUAGUAAAAAACCGUGUAGGCUAUAUAUACAUAUACAUGUUUUGCUUUCAUAAAUUCUGUUUUGAUCGCCUGGAUGGAGCUAAAACUUUUUAGUGUGAACUGUGUUAAAGUAUUGUGUAGAUCAACGUAGUGUAGAGAGUAGGCUACAUAUAUAUUUGUUUUACUUUCUGUGCUUUUAUGAAUAAACAAGUUUCUGUAAACAGUAUUCCGUUUAAUUUCAAAAUAAUUUCCAAAGACAAAGCUACACUUUUAUGUCUCUGACAAAAGUAUAUGUGGUAUAAUCAACGUGGUCCAAUUGUAGAGCGUUAAGCUUAUUAGUACAUAGUAUCCAAAACGGCCUCUAAAAUUGUCCACUAUACGUAAACCAAGUUUCAGUUUUUUGAGUGACGGCUAAACUGUGAAGCAUAUAGGGAUCUGACGUUACUCUUUCAUGACGUAUUAAGUCUCUGACAUCAUACCCCUGUAACCCAUAAAUCAGAAAUUAAGUUAUUUAGAUAUUUUAUUUUACAACAGUACGAAGUAAUUAUAUAAAACAAACUAGACGUAAUGAUUUUUAUUGAAGAAGCUUCUGAAAAACAAAAA